GGAUGUGAAACUGACCUCGUGGUACGGAGUCUAUGUGACUCACAAGAGGGGCUCAUGAAGGAGGGGGCAUAGCAGGGGCUAUAUAAUGUUCCCACAGUUAUUGUUGGGGUGCGUACUACAUGGAACAGAAGAAUAAGCAGAGGAGAAGACUUUUGAAAUGUAUUUAGUUGAAGUACAGAUAUAGCUCAUGUAUUUGUUUAAAGCGUAUAUUGCUGGGCAGGAAAUUCUUUGUCAAAUGGACAGGAAAACAGGGACGCUGAAGUCAAGAUUUAGAGCCAUGGUCUUUUCUCUGUGUUGAAACCACAUGAGUCUAUAGGAAGUAUAUGCUGGAGAAGGACAAAAUGAAGGAUUCAGUAGAAUCAGUAGAUCCGAGAGAGGACCAGCAGGAAAGGGGUCACAGAUCUGGACCUAUGGCUUGUCUGCGCAGCAGGUUCAUUCGGGUUGGACUGGCGGAGGCCCUCUGCACCUAUGUUAUGAUGGUGUUUGGCCUGGGCUCAGUGGCACAGGUGGUCACGGGCCAUGGAGCAUUCGGACAAUACCUCAGCAUCAACAUUGGCUUUGGCCUUGGAGUGACCAUGGGAGUGCAUGUUGGAGGUUCAGUCUCAGGGGCUCAUAUGAAUGCAGCAGUCUCAUUGGCCAUGUGUAUGUUUGGCCGCCUUGCGUGGAAGAUGCUCCCUGUCUAUGUUUUUGCCCAAUUUCUCGGGUCGUUUCUGGCUGCGGCGACAAUCUAUACCGUGUUCAAUGAUGCCAUCUUUGACUUUGGGGAUGGGAACCUGACCACGACGGGCGCUAAAGCCACCGCUGGGAUCUUCGCCACCUACCCUGCGCCCUACCUCUCUCUGCAAUCUGGAUUCAUCGAUCAGGUUUUGGGAACGGCCAUGCUCCUGCUGUGCCUGACGGCACUCUCUGACCAGAGGAACAAGCCGGCAGCGAGGGGCAGCGAGAGCCUGAUGGUGGGCCUCCUGGUGAUGCUGAUUGGCGUCUCCCUGGGCAGCAACAGCGGCUACCCCAUCAACCCCACCAGGGACCUCGCACCCAGACUCUUCACUGCUGUAGCCGGCUGGGGCAACGAGGUCUUCAGAGCCGGAAACGGGUGGUGGUGGGUGCCUGUGGUGGCGCCCUUGUUAGGAGGAGUGAUGGGUGCAGGACUGUACAAGGCUGUCGUAGAGCUUCAUCACCCGGCCAUUGUGUGUGGCCAGAACAGCCAUGGAGAGCAGGAGGAGAUGCAUCCUCUGGAGAAACAAAGCCACGCUGAUGUGUGUGUGUGAGAGAGACACUUCCGGGGAAAUGUGUGACAGCUCACCUGCACCUCUUGUUUCACUUGAGUGAAAGAGAAGAAGCUAAAUAUAUAUCUUAAGCAUACAUGUUAGACAUUAAUUGACUAGUAGAUUGUAGAUUGAGCAGGAUAAGUGUGCAAGGAGUGAAUAAUGUCGCAGACAGUGACUUCAAUUAAGUGACACAGAAAUGUAUUUGUUUUAUUAUAAAUAAAUGUAGGCAUACACAUUUAUACAGUAUGCAUAAAAACAGGUAACCUGUCAAGGUACCCGUAGAGCAAAACAUUUAGGCAUUUACAUUAUUUAUUAUGGGACAGCUUGAAGCCAAAGUGUGAACACUAUGUGUCUUAGCCAAUCAAGCGCCAGUGAGAUUUAGAACCAAAGGAAAGUGUCAAUGAAACAGCAUCUAUCUAUUAGCACUUUCAGAUUUCUGAAUAUAAAGUGCUCUACAAAUUAAAUAUAUUAUUAUUAUUAUUAUCUUUCCUUGGAUGCAAAGAUCUUGGGUUUUGGGGGCGGGACUUUCUUCAUGAGGCAGGUUAGAAGCACCUGCACUCCAAGUUAGAGAUUGGAUAAACUGUCCUGUGGGAUGAAUAAGUGUAUGAACAAAUAUUUUCUUUUGUAUGACAUUUGUCUGGACUUUUAGUUCUAGUGUUUUACAGUGUUGGAGCUGUGUUUGAGACAUCGAAUACUGAAUUAAACAUCAGUAAAAGGAGUCUCACAUGUAAUCAUUUGGCUGCAUGAAGCCUCACCCUACAUAAAGAGACAGUCUUUCCUCAACCAGAGCGAGAGUGCUGUUCCACUGGUAACCCAAGCAGGGCCUGGGUUGUGUAAGCAGCUAACAGCCAACGACCAUGCCAAAUAUGCUUUGAAUAACUUGUUUUCUUUCGUUUAUUUUUCUCUGAAAAGGAAAUACCAAGUAAUCUUGUGUGCUCUUAAAAUCCUUCAAGCUUGAAAUGUUUAUUAUGAUUUGACUUCCCUCCUACAAUGCUCGUUACUGCUCUUCCCUGUGUGUUUACAGGACAAAAGAUACUUAACCCCUGCUGGACAUUGGCCUGGUCUGGAUAGAUAUUAAUUUGUCCUCAACCCAUCUUUUGAUAAAUAAAACUCAAUUGUCAACUCUU